AUGCAAAUCAGGCGUGAUACCACUACACCAUCCGCCCUGGAGAAUCCCCUUAUUUGCUGCUGCCCCCCUCAGCAGCAGCAGCAGCAGCAGCAGCAGCAGCAGCAGCAGCAGCAGCAGCAGCAGCAGGGGACUCUGCAGCAGGGUGGGCUGGGCUGCAGCAGCUGCAGAGCUGCUGCUGCCGAUCGGCUGCAGGCCGCUGCCAAAGCGGGGCUGCUGCUGCUGCGCCGCAGCAGCAGCAGCAGCAGCAGCAGCAGCAGCAGCAGCAGCAGCAACUCCAGGGCGGAUGGUGUAGUGGUAUCACGCCUGAUUUGCAUUCAGGAGGUCCCGGGAUCAAUCCCCGGCCACGACCACGAGAGAGAGCAGCACCUGAUAAAAGAGCAGCAGCAGCAGCAGCAGCAGCAGCAGCAGCAGCAGCAGCAGCAGCAAGCUGAAGCGCCCCUGCACUGUCUGUAUACCUCAGGAGGCAACAGGAGGUCCCUAGCAGCAGCAGCAGCAGCAAAACCUCCAGUUGACCCUGCAGCAGCAGCAGCAGCAGCAGCAGCAGCAGCAACAGUAUGCAGGCGAGAAACAGGUUGCCGAGCAGCAGAAACACCAGCCACCGCAGCAACAGCAGCAUCACAGCAGCAGCAGCACCUGCCACAGCAGCAGCAGCAGCAGCAGCAGCAGCAGAAGCAGCAGCAGCAGCAGCAAAAGCCGCUCGCCUACUUGGGCAGCACACAGCUUAUUAGGGUAACUAUGUGGAUCGACAUGAAGCCAAUCCGCCUGCAGCAGGAAACACAACAACCCCACCAGCAGCAGCAAGAGCAGCGGUAA